UUCGAUGAUCGGGUGAGGCUUUCUCCUCGGACAAAUGAGUCUGAUGGUCAGUUGUUUUUACCAUUGAUUCAGAAAUCAUGUGGGCUGAGUAGUCUGUCACAUGCGAAGAAAUUGUUAAUUACUGGUUAGUUAUCUAGAUAAGCCGGUUAGGUUGAUUUACCACCAAUAUAUGACCAAAAAUGUGUUAUAAUUGUCGUAAAAGCAAACAAAAUAAUAUAAAUGACUAAGGUACAUAUUUAAUGUCUUUUAAAAUAAACAUGUAUUUAUAGUCUUUUCAGUGAGUAUGGCGUAAUGGUAGCAAAACAACGAAAAAUGGAAAUCACAAAAUGGCCGUAUUGCCCUGUGUCAGCAUCAGGAACCUUAAAAAUUGCAAUAUUUGUUCUCCUAGAAAUAGUACUAUGCAAAACAGAAUCUCAGCACAUUCCAUUCAUUCGGCAUUAUGAAAGAGUAUUUUACGACCACGUGACAAUAAGAGACCACCACGUGAUCAGACGCUCAGCAGACGACUUGACGUUUCAGUUCUGGGCGUUUGGAAGAUCAUUUACUCCGGUCCUUCGGCAAGAUGAUAGGCAUCUUCAUCAAAACCUUGUCAUUGAAACUAGUAAAGGAAUUAAGACUGAAAACAGACCUUUACCCUACUCCGGAUAUAUUAAAGAGGAUCAUUCAAGCAUUAAGGGAGUAUUGACUAAAGGAGGGCACUUUGAAGGGAAAAUUAUUACGCACAAUGAAACGUAUUUUAUGGAAAGAACAAUUCACCAUUUUCAACACGCCGAUGAAUUCCAUACAUUAGUUUAUAGAAUUUCUGACGUCACGUUUAAUUCGUCACAUUCUUCCUGUGCGCAUGCGCGUUUGAAAGAGAGGCAGAGACAAUUGACAGGAAGUCGUUAUUCAAGCACUGCAAAUGUAAAAAAAUACGAAACUGGCAAAACGAUAGAUACAGUUACAUCUGCGGGUGAUAAGACAAGAAAUUAUUCACGAGAAUUAAAUAUAGAGAAUCUGGAAAAUGAAAAGGUUCAGAACAAAAGGGUGAAAAGAGAGCUAGAUCCGACGAAAAGAAUCUGUGAACUUUACAUGCAGGCAGACCACAAAUUUUAUGAGAAAUACGGAAGUAACGUCGAUACCGUAGUUGAGAAAUUAACACAGCACGUACAGGCUGCUGAUGGAAUGUACAGGAAUAUAAAUUUUGACGGAAACGGCGGAGCCGACAGUAUUGGCUUCAUCAUUAAAAGAAUGAAGAUAUGGGAUGACCCGGGAGUGGAGGCAUAUAAGUACGAUGGCAAUUUCGACGUGGACUACUUUCUUGACCUACAUUCACGGGACAAUUAUGACGCAUUUUGUUUGUCAUAUAUGUUCACGUAUCAAGACUUUUCCGACGGCGUUCUCGGUCUAGCAUGGGUUGGUCAUCCAACGUCGGCCGGCGGCAUCUGUGAAACGUACAAGACAUACAAGGGAGGUGAAAGUAUGGGCCUCAAUACUGGUAUUGUGACACUGUUGAACUACGGAUCACACGUACCGUUUGCUGUCUCCCAAGUGACGUUUGCACAUGAAAUUGGUCAUAACUUCGGAUCUGAUCAUGACCCGGAAUCCGAUCAGGAAUGCACGCCAGGCGAAACGGCCGGAAAUUAUAUAAUGUAUGCGCGCGCAACAUCCGGGAAGCAAGAAAACAAUUUUAAACUUUCAAAAUGCAGUGUUGAGCAAAUAUAUCCUGUUCUUGAUGUUAAAGCAAGUGGAACUGAUGGUUGUUUCGUGGCUGACACGGGUGAGUUAUGUGGUAACAUGGUCGUGGAAAGCUCUGAGGAGUGUGACUGUGGCUGGGAGGACCAGUGCACUGAAAGUUGCUGUAACCCGAUGGUGGACGAUCCGGACGCACCUGGUGUAGAAACACCAUGUAUAAGAAAAUCAUCGGCUGUUUGUAGUCCAAGUGAAGGUAUUUGUUGUGAUGCCAGUUGUCAGUAUAAAAACGACAGUGUAGCUUGCAGACCGGAAUCUGAUUGUUUAGACGAAGCUAUUUGUACAUAUCCUUUUAUUGCUGUUUGCGCAUUAAAAAUAACAAAAGCACCACUCCUUAACAUGCUUCUCACCGGGACAUCAGCAGGUUGCCCGGCAUCUAGUCACAAACCGAACGCAACAACAUGUGACAACAGUGACGAUCUUCUUGUUUGUUACAAUGGCGAAUGUACGGGAUCAAUUUGUCUGGUUUAUGGGCGGGAAUCGUGUCAAUGUUCACCAGACUCCCCUAGUAACUGGAAAGACGAGAAGUUAUGCCAGGUGUGUUGUAUGGAUGGAAACACCUGCAAAUCAUCAUAUGAGUUAGAUGACGUACCAGACGCCAAGUCGUUGGCGGGACAGCCAUGUAAUGAUUAUCAAGGAUAUUGUGACGUCUUUAAAAUUUGUAGACAGGUUAGCCCUGAAGGUCCACUGAGUAAUCUAAAAGCGUUGCUGUUCUCUGGAGACGCGAUAAAUGCCGUCAAAGAUUUCUUGGUUAAACACUGGUACAUCGGUCUAAUAUUCGGAUUUGUGUUUAUCGUCACAAUCGUGCUGGUUGUAAAAUUUUGUUCAAAGUCCCAUAAACCUGUAGAUCGGGAUAAUGGCAGACAUUCGAACAAUACGAGAGCACCAAAACCUAAUCAAGUCUAUCCAGACAGCUAUAUGUAGAGCGAACAUUAUUUUUACAUUCUUUUGGCACAAAUUUUCAAAUUCUACAAUGUGCCUACGACAGUUACUUUCAAUUGUAAAACAAUUCAAUUAUAACACAAUUUACGUACCCAAAGUACAGAUAGGUUUGUGUCUCAGACUGAUGCAGUACGCACAAUACGUAGGUUAAAAUGUAUCCAACG